AUGACAGGUGCUAGUCCAUUGCCAAGUCUUCAUCCUGCACGUGCUAGUACACCAUUAAAGUCAUCUUUUUCAACAAUACAACCUAUUUUACCCAAUACUCCUUCAACAACAGUUUCACAAAAACGUCAAACAAAAAAACGUGUUCGUUUCGCAUUAAAAUUAGAUACAGUAGAAGAACGUCUAUCAUUAUCAAAGAAUGCGAAGCCUGUUGUAUCAACAACAAAAUCAAACAAACGAAUUACUGAUCCAUGGCGACAAGAUGGACCAUUAUAUGGUGCUUAUGUUGAAUAUUUAGAAAAACAAGGGGCUUUAGCAUCGGAUAUAACAGAAAUUCAUCGACCAUCACGACCAGUACCACCAUCAUUGCCAUCACAUGAGUCUGAACUUGAAUCAUCAGCACAUACAAAGACAUCUUUUACUCGAAACAAAUCAUCUGAAUUUGUUGUUGAAUCAAUAACGGUUACAGCAUCACCAACUAAUUUACCACGUAUUGUUCAUCCAACAACAGUCACAAGAAAGAAUAAUUAUAAUAACAGACGACCAUCGUUGCCUAUCAUUGAUCCUGAUUUUAAACAACGAAUUGAUCCAACAAUUUCACCUCAUACAAUUCAAUCAAGAAAAACACCCGGUUCAGUUAGUUAUAAAAAUCAUUCGAAUUCAAUAAACUCAGCUGCAAAACAAACUGAUUUUGCUUUACCAUUAAUUAAAGAUAUAAAAUCCAAGGAAAAAUUAAUUCGAACAGAUAAUUCUGUUGGUAGAAAAAUUGUUAAUGAAAAUAGUCAAUCAAAAAAAAUGACUGAAGUAAUUUCUGGUGCUUUACCUGAUACCAAUAAUCAAAUCAAUCAUAUGUCUGAACGUUCUGUUUUACCUAAUCUUUCAAAAAAAUCUCAAAGUGCUUAUCAUAAUCCUAUAAAUAAUGAACCUUAUUUUUUUCAAAACCAUAAUAAUGAUCAAAUUCAACCGGUUAUUCAUUGA